AUGGCCGACAGUGGCAUGAUCCUGAAUUUUGACCUUGGCACAGGAGCUGCCCCUGUGAAGCCAAAGGUCAAGUUUGCAGGCGGUCGCUGGAGAGAUCGAGUUCAUGCUCAGCGCAGCGCAAAAAGAGGUGGCAGCGACAAGGCUUGGGAUGGCGCCAAUGGAACUCCAGUGGAAAAGGCUCGCGAUUUCGGUCGAAACGACAACGACGACGGCGACAGACCCACGAAACGACAGAGGACUUUCGGCGAUCGAGCUGGAGACAAUGAAGCUGGACCACAAUGGAGAUCAAACCCCCCGGCAGGCCGACCAGGAGCCGGCGCAAAGCCCAGCUCUGGUGGUGGUGCGAGGCAGGGCAACAACCAAUUGAUGAAGUCGGGUCAAGUCACAUCGAGAUUGUUCUCUUCAAAUCCAGAACAGAAGACCGUCUUCGAAGUUCCCGCGGAGGAAGUCGAGCCAGCAAAGCCUACGAAUGCGCCUCUGUCAGAUGAGGCAGAGAACUUCCACGCCUUGGGCCUCUCGAGGCGUAUUGCUCAGCACCUUUCGACCAAGCUGGAGAUGAAGGCACCGACAUCUAUUCAGAAAAACACGAUACCUCCGUUGAUCAACGAUGAUAGUGAUGCUUUCCUGCAGGCCGAGACCGGUUCCGGAAAAACACUGGCGUACCUCCUGCCCAUUGUACAACGCAUAAUGGCCCUCAGCCACGACCAAGAUGGUACAAGCACGGGCACCAAGAUACAUCGCAACUCCGGCCUCUUUGCCAUUGUUUUGGCACCGACUAGAGAGUUGUGUAAGCAGAUUGCUACGGUCUUGGAGAAGCUCCUACGGUGCGCCCCUUGGAUCGUAAGCACAACGGUCAUCGGUGGUGAGAGCAAAAAGUCGGAAAAAGCACGCAUCAGGAAGGGCGUCAAUAUCCUUAUCGCAACUCCUGGUCGUCUGUCGGAUCAUUUAGAUCAUACAAAGGUUCUCGACGUGGGAACAGUGCGGUGGCUCGUACUCGAUGAAGGCGAUCGACUGAUGGAGAUGGGUUUCGAGGACGAAUUGAAGACCAUCGUGGGCAAGAUUAGGCAAGAGGACCUGAAGAAGCAAAAUGAAGAGGGCGUCAAACUGGACAAACUGCCGCAGAGGCGUGUGACUGUCCUGUGUUCGGCAACAAUGAAGAUGAAUGUUCAGAAGCUCGGUGAGAUUUCCCUGCAGGAUGCAGUGCAUAUUACUGCAACGAAAUCGGACUCGGCUGGAGAUGUUGAGAUGAACGACUCAGUCUUCUCGGCCCCCGCUCAACUCAAGCAAUCGUAUGUAAUUGCCGCUGCAAAGUUGAGACUUGUCACCUUGAUGGCACUGCUCAAGUCUACCUUUGCAAGGAAAGGCUCAGUAAUGAAGGCCAUUGUCUUCAUUUCUUGCGCAGACUCAGUGGACUUCCACUUUGAGCUCCUUCGGUCCAUUCCAUCAUCUCCAUUGACUGAGGAUGGAUCACUCACAGCAAACACAGUCGCUGAAGCUGCUUACAUUACAUCGACUCCGAACCCGAGGAUUUCGUUGUUCAAGCUACACGGAUCCCUCAAACAACCCGUUCGCACGGCAACUUUGGCGGCAUUCAAGGCAGAACAAGAUCCGUGCGUCCUGAUCACAACCGAUAUCUCAUCUCGAGGUCUGGAUGUCCCAGCAGUGGAUUUGGUCGUUGAGUAUGACCCUGCAUUCGCUGUCGCUGAUCAUGUUCACCGAAUGGGACGAACAGCACGUGCUGGUCGAACUGGAAAAGCCGUUCUUUUCCUACAACCCGGUUGUGAAGAGGGCUACAUACCUCAUCUUCAGGCACCCAACAUUACCGGCCAAUCCUCAGACGAUAUCAUUGCAAAGGCAUUCAUUACACCAAUCACGCUGCCAAAAACCUCGGCUACGGACGACCCCGCGCCUGUUCUCGAAAGUGAAAAGUCUCCGUUCAAGCGUGCUGAAGCUCUGCAGCUGCAUCUUGAGCAGAGAUUACUCGAGGCAGAGAAGAAUUGCAGCAAACUUCUCGAUUCUGCGCGACAGGGUUUCCGGUCCCACAUCAGGGCUUACGCGACACACGUCAAGGACGAACGUGUCUUCUUUGACAUUUCGCAGCUGCACCUCGGCCACACAGCAAAGAGUUUCGGUUUACGCGAGGCUCCCGGUGGCAUUGGUGGAGGUCCCUCUACUAGACGUGUCAUCAAGACCGGACAGCAGCCAAAGUCUGGAAAGAGAAAGGCGGGUGAUGAGAAUGGUAGCUCGUCAAAGAGCAGAGGCGCCGACAAGGAAGACGCACUGGGCGAGGCUGACGAGGAUGCCGCCAAGCGUAUGCGCAUGAAGAUGAAGGCUGUAAUGAGUGCUUCCAGCGAAUUCAAUAUCGGAUGA